AAAAAAAAAAAAAAUAGGAGGAUGCCUCCGAAGUCAAAGAAACGCGUCUCGCCAUCAUCAUACGAUUCCGACGGUGGCUUUGUCGCUGCGGACGACGAGCCCGCGACAAAAAAAGCUAGAACCGGGCCCAAAGGUCCUGCUGCGUCAAGGUCAGAAGCGUCUGGAGGUACUUCGGCUCAUCAGACCGAUGAUGAAGGGAACCCGUUUUGGGAGCUAUCCAAGAAUCGCCGCGUGACGGUCUCGAGCUUCCGAGGGAAAACAAUGGUCAGCAUUCGAGAGUACUAUGAAAAGGAUGGGAAACAUUUGCCAGGAAAGAAGGGUAUCUCUCUUCCAAUCGAGCAUUAUACCGCCCUAAUCAGCGUUCUCCCUGCCAUAGAAGGUGUGCUUGUGGCUCAAGGGCAGAAGGUACCACGGCCAGAUUAUAAUACUUCCGCUUCUCCUGGUGCGGAUGAAGAGAAAGACACCGAGGGAAAUGGAGAGAGCGAUGAGGCGGACGAGGAUAAAAAGUCGAAACAGAAUUUUGAAGCCACAAGUGAUGAGGAUGAAAAUGAUGACUAAGUUGACGAAAAUCGAAAGACAAAUAGUUAGCCUGUACUGGUUUUGAAGCAAUUGAACUACUUAGAAUUGGAUUUCCUAAUGGCACCAGCUUGUUACAGCUCCGUCCAUCAUUUGGAAUAUAGCAGCACCACACCACAUUUUGGAUAGGAGAAAGAGAAUCUCCUUGAUCAAUGGUAACAUAUCAUUACUCUCUAUAUACACUGGCAC